UAAUAACAAGUUUCAACAGCAUCGUCAUUUUUUUAUCUUAUAGUAGAACAUUCGCGACUUUUCUUUUCGUUUGAGCAAUUUAUCUAGGAGUGCAUCAAUUCAACGUUGCAUUUCUUUCUUUUAAAUUCGGUUUGUGUAAUUUGAGAUACAGGCGAACAUUCAGGGGAACUGACGGUAUGGCCUAGUUUAGGUUUAAAAUAUUUACCGUCACGAACUGAAUAAGGUCGACUUCGCGUAAAUCUGGAUUUAUAUUCGUCGGUUUUAUGAACAAGAAAGGAAAAAGCUGUACAAAUUAUGAAUGAAGACGGUCGUUUAAGUGGUCAGGAGUUGUUUAAAAUCAAAUUAUCGCUUUCAUGCCUUUCGAAUCGUGUCACUGUUUGCCCAUUUCCAGCUAAAUUGUAUUUACUGAAAGACGAAACAUGGAAGCAUUUCAAAACUGGUGUUGCCGCCGUUAUUUUUAACACUGGAGAAAGCGGAGAAAGAAAUCCUAAAGGAGUGAAACUAUGCUUAGUGGAACUUGAAAGUGGCUUUGCAUCGUGGAAAGAAGAUCUUAGUGAUAAUUCACAAUAUAGUGCCCUUGAUAACACUUUUCAUACAUUAAAUCUACAAAAUAAUAAUGGUGCAAAAAUGGCUGGAUUACAGUUCGACGAUGAAGGAGCGGCGUCGUUAUUUUUGAAAGAAAUCAUUGACUCGAUUGAGGAACUGAAGUCCUCUAACAUUGUCACACCACCAAGCAAACUUGAAAUCAGUUCUCGCAAAGAAAGAGUGAAGAAAUUUCGUAAACUAACGAAAAACGAGAUCUCAACACCGUGUCUGUUUACACAUGUAACAAAUAUAAGCUCAACACAAGCAGAUUCCUUCGAUGGGCCUACAAGCCCUUCAUCGUUAGAUUCUAGAAGUGGCUCUACUUCAGGGAGAAGUGAUAGGUCCAGACGAUCGUCGAAGAAAAAGUAAUACACACAAAAUUUGGUAUGAACACCAUGUUACGACUUGAGAAAUUGAGGGCCAUUCUCUUUCUACAGAGCAACCUGAUGAAAGAGAAAGAAAUAUUUCAUUUAGUAGUUUAUGAUUGUAGCUGAUAAGUUGUAAAAAUUUUCAUCAAACGCUUUUGACCAGACUAUAGUUGACUGCAAUAUAAUAUUCCAACAUUGGUAGCAUUGCAUGGAGAAUCCAUACAAUUUAGUUUAACUCGACCUUUCAUGCAGGUAUCGCUCUUUUACACAUAUUUUAAUUUUCAUUAUAGAACUAAUAAAUUUUGUAGUUAUAUAACGCUUUCUCUUGUGUUUUGUUUUCAAUAAAUCAUUGUAUUUUCAACUGUA